CCGCCCAAGCCCUCCGUGCCCUUUCUCAUCUCGGCCAAGGAGGCUGUCGCCGGCCUGCCCAACAAGCGGGUGAGUAGCGUCGCGUCUGUGCAAGCACGGGGGUCCACCUGCAUGUGCAUGUGCACUAAAUUUGUAUCCGCAGCAGCGCACGAUGGAUACACACCACUGACAUUGACACCAGGACAUCGUCGCGCUCGACGUCUCGUGGCACAUGCCCAACUCGCCGCGCAACCCCGACGAGGAAUACCACAGCGGGCCGCGCAUCCCCGGCGCGCGCCGCUUCAACCUGGACAAGAUCGCGGAUCUGGACCCGAAGACGAACCCGCUCGGGCUGGGCCACAUGCUUCCGAGUCUCGAGACGUUCCGCGAUGCUGCGGGCAAAUUGGGGAUCACACCGCACACCCACGUGGUGCUGUACGACAGCAUCGGCGUGUUUUCGGCCCCGCGCGGCCUCUUCACGUUCAAAGCGUUCGGGCACGACAAAGUGUCGGUGCUGGACGGCGGGCUGCCGGCGUGGAUCGACGAAGGCGGGGACGUGGAUGAAGGCCCGCCCGAAGUGGACUGGAAGCCGGUGGCAUACACCUCCGGCGCGCUGAACAAGGACAUGGUGAAGAGCUACGCCGACAUGGUGGCGAGCGCGGCGGGCGGGGACAUUGUGCUGGACGCGCGCUCGCCCGGCCGCUUCGCGGGCACGGACCCCGAGCCCCGCCCGGGCCUGUCGAGCGGGCACAUGCCGCGCGCGCGCAGCCUGCCUUUCGGCGAGCUGCUCGUGCCCGUCGGCGACGGGCACCCGUACACGUCGUACAAGACGCCGGCGGAGCUGCGCGCCGUCCUCGUCCGCGCUGUGGGCGGGGAGGAGGCGUGGGCCGCGCUGCUCGACCAAGGCGCGGAUGCGGCCGGGGGCGCCGUCGAGCGCCAGAUGGUCUUCUCAUGCGGGUCGGGUAUGACGGCAUGUGUGGGGUGGCUCGCGGCACAGAUCGUCGCGCAGGAGGAGGGGCGCGUCGUGUCUGCUGCCGUCUACGACGAGAGUUGGACGGGGUAUGCGAGUCGUCCGGAGAGCAAGAUUGUGAAGAGUAACGAGUAGCCGGCUAUCGGCGGAAGAAGGGGCACGAGCAACGGCAACGCAGACAAGACAAGAGGGACAGCAGACAACGGCAUGAGAGGGAGACGACAACACAAGCACAACCAAGCGACGUAGAGACACAGUGUGCAUGCAGUGAUUGAGUAGUGAUGUAGAAUGGUGUUCA